AGAAUAUCAAAGCGAAAAUUUUAAACAAAUCCUUCGGCCAAACCAUGCUAUGGACCGUGGAAGUCCAAACACCGGCUUAUGGAGAAGCGGCGUUUUCGCAUCUAUCGCGUAACAGCAUAGCGAUACCCAUCUGCAAAACAGCAGCUGCUUAAAAAGCUACGACGUAAGCUUGCCAAUACCCCCCGCCCUUCCUGUGCAUGUUUAAUCCGCUGGGUCGGCGGAUAAGAAAUUCCUCACCUUGCUGGGCUGAUUCAACGUUCCCCGUGGACGCACAUGCAGAGGUUCGUUUCCGCGGGACACCACACCAUGGUCUGCACAACAGGACUGUAGAUCUGCUUUUGGAUCGUGCUCUCCGUCUCUCGCACUCUCCCACAAACAACAGCAUAUCUGCCCGUUGAGUGGGAGCUGGGCCAGUUGUACAAGAUUUAAUCCGGGGCCUCGGUAUCGUCGCUCCACGUAUAGAGACUUAUCACCAUGGGGAAACAGAACAGCAAGCUCAGGCCGGAGAUGCUCCAGGACCUGAGGGCCAACACAGAAUUCUCAGACCAUGAGCUGCAGGAGUGGUAUAAGGGCUUCCUGAAGGAUUGCCCCAGUGGACACCUCAAUGUGGAGGAGUUCAAGAAGAUCUAUGCCAACUUCUUCCCCUACGGUGAUGCCUCCAAGUUCGCCGAGCACGUCUUCCGUACCUUCGACACCAACGGCGACGGCACCAUUGACUUCCGGGAGUUCAUCAUCGCGCUGAGCGUGACGUCACGUGGGAAGCUGGAGGAGAAGCUCAAGUGGGCCUUUAGCAUGUAUGACCUGGAUGGCAAUGGCUACAUCAGCAGGGAGGAGAUGCUAGAGAUUGUUCAGGCGAUCUAUAAGAUGGUUUCCUCGGUCAUGAAGAUGCCGGAGGAUGAGUCGACGCCAGAGAAGAGAACAGACAAGAUCUUCAGGCAGAUGGAUCUGAACAAUGAUGGCAAGCUGUCCCUGGAGGAGUUCAUCAAAGGUGCCAAAAGCGAUCCUUCCAUCGUGCGACUCCUGCAGUGCGACCCCAGUAGCGCAUCGCAGUUCUGAAGAUAUCCCUCCCUCCUGGAACACACACACACUGCAUGAAGGUUCCUGUCGUUUUGUGUAUCAGAGGGAAGGGAGUUUUUUUUGAAAAGAAGCAUAAUCAUUUUACGGAAAAAAAAGAACGUAGAAAACCUGCCAAGAUUUGAACUGUCAGUUGUCUGUCGCGCAUCACUCCUCUGUGAUGUCACUGGAGUCGUUGGAGCAGAGUGUCUCGGCUGGAUUGGAUGGGAUCAGAGUGGGAGGAGCUCUCAGCUGGCCAGUGGUGCUUUGAGUUGUUUUUAAGUUUGAUUUCUUCCCUGAAAGCACAGAUUUACUUCCACUUUUUAUACUCAUUUUUAAGUGUCUCUCCGUCUGUCCACACAAGUGGGUAUGUAUGAAAAUGCAGGCGUUUAUGAACAGACUGUAUCAUUGAUUUUAGUAAUGACAGUAUUUAUUAAAUUUAUUUCCUUGUCUCUGAGCCAGUAGACAUGAGUGGGAGACAGGUCCUGGAAGAGAAUGCUGGGGUUUCCCCUGAGUGCAACAUAAUAUGAAUCCUUGAUGGAAUUUAAAAUCCAGUUGUGCUGUUGGAUUUUGUGUAUUUUUUGUUGUACGUUUUCUUGUGAAUAAUUAUGUUUUCUUUGUCAUUUGAGGAAGGAGACUGCCCACAUGACUUCUCUGUGUCCAUGCCAUUGCUGUUUGGACAGAAUGUUGAAGCUCCAGGGCUUUGCACUGAAACAUGGGAAAUAUUUCAAAAAGGAUUUUUUUUACACAGAAAAAAGGACAGAUGGAUCAGACAUAGUACUGGAGAGCAUGUGUGUGUGUGUGUGUCUGUGUGUGUGCGCGUGCGUGAGCUGGUGUGUGUUUGGGUUAAAGAUACUGCAUGGUAUCCUUGUCAAACUAUGUCACACAACUACAAGCAUCCAAAUUUUAAUUUUAGUAUAACUUCAAGCGGUGAUAUCCUAGUAUUAGUGACAUGUGGCAUGAAGUAUGAAAGUGAUAACUUUUACUUCUUUAUACAGCAUUAAAUUGAAAAGGACAUUAAGGCAGUGGACUCAUUUUCCCAUGUUCAUCUCACCACUGAGUCAUGCUCUUUUUAGGUUUUCAAGAGAGGAGAAAAAUCACCCCACUUGUAAACUUGUCACUUGUAAAGGCUGAUUACUGUUCUUCAACAGAGAGUGUGCCCAAAAAAGUCUCUUCUUGUCUCUGCUUAACCUGUUUGGUCUCAUAACAAAAUGUCUGUAGUUGUAAGUAGGCCUCACUGUGGAUAGCACUGAUGAUCCAGGCUGUAUUUAUUCUCAGUGUGAGGUCUGCAACGCAGUGGGUAUGCGUUUGCUCACAGCAAGUUUGCACUGAGUUCUGUCACAACUAUAUGGUGAUUAAAUUGUACUAUGUCUUUUUUCAGCGAAUGAAACCCUGGACGUCAUGUAUAUCCCCUUUUAUCAAUCAGGAAUAUACCUGUGUGCUUGAAAACCAGUUUGUGUCAUU